CCGCGUAGCAGGGCAGAGGCUUUGCUUUCUUACUUUCUUUCCUUCUUUCUGUCUCUCUCUCUCUCAUUUAUUUAUUUAUUUAUUUUUAUUCGCUGUGCGUCCAGAGGUAGAAAGCAGUGCGGAGGCGGUGUGAGAGCGUGCGUGGGGGUGCGGGAGGGCCGGCGGAGGGGGCUCGGCCGGGGACAGCUGGCUGGGUUGGAGCUCGCUGGUGGGCUGAUCCCGGGCAUCCCGCGAUCCCGCGACGGCCGUUCUUGGUCCUGCCCCCGAGGGGCAGAGCCGGGAGCGGCGCUCGCGGCACUUAUGGCAAAGCUAUUAACUCAGCCGUGUGGCGGAGAGGCCCCGAGGACAGCGCGGACGGGCUCGGCGGAAGGUGAACGCGGGGCGGAGCGGCGUAGUCUCUCGGGCUUCGGACAUCUCUCCCGUCCCUCCCGGCACGGCUGCGAAGCCGUUCGGCGGAGCCCUGGGUGAGGCGGGGGCAGGAGGACGAGGUCGGAGAGAUCGCGGCGCGCGUGGUAAAGUACUAAAACAGGUACAACCAGUGGAUAAGCAAUGUGCACUGCUCUGAGCCCAAAAGCACGUGGGCCUGGCCUCUCUGAUAUGCACCAAUACAGUCAGUGGCUUGCCAGCAGACAUGAGGCCAACUUGUUGCCGAUGAAAGAGGAUUUGGCCCUGUGGCUCACAAACUUACUGGGUAGAGAAAUAACAGCAGAAACCUUUAUGGAGAAAUUGGAUAAUGGUGCCUUGCUUUGUCGGUUAGCUGAGACCCUGCAGGAGAAAUUAAAAGAAAACAGCUUUGAGGCAAACAAGCCUGGCAAAACCUUGCCAGUACGGAAAAUUCCAUGCAAAGCCAAUGCACCUUCGGGGUCUUUUUUUGCACGAGACAACACAGCAAAUUUCUUAUCCUGGUGCAGAGAUGUAGGAGUGGAUGAUACCUGCCUGUUUGAAUCGGAAGGUUUGGUUCUUCACAAGCAGCCAAGAGAAGUGUGCCUUUGUUUACUGGAACUUGGACGGAUUGCAGCAAGUUUCUCCUGCACACAAGAACUGCUGGAGGGAAAUAUCAGGUUUGGGGUGGAGCCUCCUGGAUUAAUAAAGCUGGAAAAAGAGAUCGAACAAGAGGAAACGCUUUCAGCCCCCCUUCCAUCUCCCUCACCAUCACCAACAAAGUCUCCUGGGAAAAAGAGCACAGGGAAGCUGUUGGAUGAUGCUGUUAAACACAUUUCUGAAGAUCCACCUUGUAAAUGCCCUAAUAAAUUCUGUGUGGAGCGCCUUUCACAAGGAAGGUACAGAGUUGGAGAGAAGAUUCUCUUUAUUAGGAUGCUGCACAACAAGCAUGUGAUGGUCCGUGUUGGAGGAGGAUGGGAGACUUUUGCAGGUUACUUACUGAAGCACGACCCAUGCCGAAUGCUGCAGAUCUCACGAGCAGAUGGGAAAACCUCUCCAAUCCAGAGCAAGUCUCCAACUCUCAGGGACAUGAAUCCAGACAACUAUCUGGUUGUUUCUGCCCAUUACAAAACCAAGAAGGAGAUUAAGUGAAAUAAGCUUCCCAUGCGAUUGGGACUCUAUAUACGUAGGUCCAAAUUAUUUUCACAAGUGUAGUAAAUUUAGUUCAUGCUUUAAAAGGACUUCAGAAAACUUAAGACAGACUGGAAAUGGCAGCCCAUUUUGAAGAUCUUUGAAUCGUAGAACUAUUUAUUUCUAGUACUGUAUCUUUUAUAGCAAAAUACCCCUUCUAGGUUAAUUACUACAGUCCUAUAAGAAAUAGACAUAUAUUUUUAGCCAAAUUAUUAUUCUUUAAUACAUGAAUGUAUACAGAGUUACAUAAAGGUGUGGAUCCUGUUAAUGGAAGAAAUUACAUAAUACAAGACAUGUGUAUGAAAAUGUUAUGACAUUGAAUCCUUGACUGUUAGGCUAGUUGAAAAAUAUAUCUAUGCAGGUGGAAAGAAGUAUUGGUGAGAAUUAUUUGGUAAUGCCUCUUGAAAUGGGAAUUGACUGGUUUUUAUGGGUUGGAAGAUUUUUUUUUAACCAACAGAGUAUAGACUCAUUGCAUGCUAAACAACUUCCCAAAGUGAUUACUUCAGAAAAAAAGCCCAAGAAGAAAGACCCACUAGCCUUGUACUCUUUAAAGCUAAAGACAAUGCUUAGUGCUAGAUGUGCAUGUAGAUCCUUCCUGUUCCUGACAAAGCUGCCCCAUAUAGAAAGAGGAGGAAGCCAAGAGGUUGCCCCUUCCUCUCCCAGACAAUAGUGUUGGCUAGUACGAGCAGGAUGCACAGCCAAGGGAGGGGGGUUCAAAAGAUGAAUCUGAGCUUUUCCUUCCCCUUAUUUGUAAUUCUGCUGGUCAUGCCAAAUAUAAAAUAUUCAUUACCCUGUCAGUUGAGUGAUUCACAUUCUUGUAAAUCAUUCACACACCUCUAAAAUAGCUAAAGGCGUAUUGGGGCUUAGUUCAUAAUUUUGGCUUCUCUUCUUUGUUUAUAUUUGGUAAUUUAUGUGCCUUAUAACUUCCUACAGAAAAUCAUUUUAUAGGAUUAUUUCACUGACUUAUAAAUUUGAGCAGAACUUAUUUCAUUACAAAUGAAAUAAACAUUUUAAAAAUACACAUUUUUGGUAUUUGUAAUCUGUACUCCUGUGCUUUGCUGCUACUGACUGGAUGCCUACAGCGUAGAACUUCUCACUGACCUUGUAAGAAAUGGAACAGAGAGUGUUGCAAGAUAGCACAGAAAAUACCUGGAUUUUAUUGAAAAAUAAAUAUUUUUUCUUUGCAGGAAAGAAAAGGAUCAAGUUGUUCUGGAAGUUUUAAAGUGUCAGUUGGUAUUCCUCUGUGUUUUUCUUUAUAAGUUGAACUGGAAGGCAUACAAACGCAUACAAUGUAUACAUAUAAGGAUGUGCUGCUGUGUUCUUUAAAGGCAAAAUUUCUACUGACUAGAGCAAGAUAGGAUCAAGACUUUCCUCUUUCAUGCUGGAUGCCUUACUGAAAUCAGCAUGUUUUACCAUGCUUGGCAGAACCACCCACCUUACUGCCUACAAAUAUCUGCUCAACACAAACAGCACACAACUGCUCAGCACACUAAGCAGCAGUAUGGAACUCCAAGCAUGUCUUUAGAAAGAACCUUUGUAGCCUUCAUUUUAAGCAACUUUCUAGGAAAAGUAAAUAUAAACUCAGCCAGACCUUUGAAAGGCCAUAGCAAGAGCACAUUUUCAUAGAAGCAAGGUACUUAGGCCUCCUAGGCUAAAUAGGAGUGGGAAACGUAAGCCUUAUGGGAAUGGGAAAGCAAAAUUAGUUAAAAAAAGAAAGCACAGAAGCACAGCUGAGGAAAAAAAAUGUUCUUAAUAUAUGCAGAGAAAUUUGUUUGCAAAUUAAGAGAGAAGAAAAACGAGAAGGUUUUUGGUUGUCUAUUUUUGGAAUGAUGGUUACUCCUUCAAGUAUAAAUUGUUGUGUUUCCAUCAUCCAAGAUUAAGUUUACAUAACUGUGUUUUCUUUGAAAUGUUUGAAGAUAUUUACAUGUUGCUAGAUUAAGAGCAGAUGCUUGUAGCUACACACACAAAAAAGUGUAUUUAGAUUUAUUUCAAUAUUAAGCUUCAACAAAUAAUCCUGGUAAAUCCGAACCAAGAUUUUAAAUAAUAAUUAAAAAGAACUGAUGUAUCUCAUUGGACUUCAGCUAUCAAAAUAAUCUUUUGUAAUCUCAACCUUCUCAAACGCACAUAACAACAGUUCUUAACACCUGGACUUAAUCAGUAACAGAAUGGGAGAUCUUGGAGAUCUUACAGGACUUUUUACAGCAAUGCCCAUUAACACCUGACAUGACUGAGGUGGGGGCUUGCUGCAUUAGAUGCAUCUGGGAUGGAUGUGGUGAGCAGAGGAGCAGUUGAAGUGGAAGCAGCAGUAAAACCAACCAACCAACCAACCACUGCAGUAAAUUAACCAGUUAUGCAAACAAGGGUGGGAAUAUCUCAUUUAGAAGGUAAGUGUAUCUUGUGAUUGAAAUGGCUUUUUCUUAUUGUAUUAGACCUUAUGGUGACGUAGGAGUUGUAGAAUUUACUGAGAUGCAGUUUGCUCUGAGUAGUUAGGAGCCUGAAACUCAAUUUACCAAGCCAAAACACUACCAAAAUCUUGUAGCAAACAAUGCCCUUGUUAUCUAACAAUGAUGGGAACAGAACUGCAUUCUUGUAGGAAGUGUUUGUGGAGGAAAAUGUGUUUCACUGGUUAGAUGUUGUGAGUAAUAUUGCAGUUUCUGUUUUCCCAAUAUAUGAUAUUAAGGUAUCUAGCCCAGACUUUUAGGAGACUGCACUGAAUAGCAGAGGAUAAACAGAAAGGAUCUGCAACUUCCAUCUCACCCUCUGACUGAGGAAUGGCCUGUUGAAACCAUGAAAUAGUUGCUUGGUAGAAGAGCCAGGUGAUGCAAUCAAAUGAGAAGAUAACUGAGAGGAAGGGUGCUUCACAGUGAUUUUUGGCUUACUUGAUCUCUGUAUAACUCAGUUGAAAGCGAAUGCUGAGAAUACUGAAAGCCACAUACAACCAGGUUGCUAUGAGCUGCAGCACAGCCUCUUUUCAAGGGCUGAGUUGGGUCAUAGAAAAAGGCAAUAUGGAAGCACCUGUUAGCUGUGAACAAGCAGUGCUAGGGCUCAAGAUGGUUGAUCAGUGUAAAUGGAUUUUAAAAGCUGUUGUUCUACAAUACCAAAUAAGCAUUGCAAUUCUGGAAGCAAUUCAGAAAUACUUUGGAAAUUCUCAUUAUAAAACCUGUUACUGGCUUGUGCAGGAGGUACCUUAUGUCACCUUGACGCUCAUAUACUACCCACAAUUUUGUUUCAAAGCAGGAUUAUGCACAUAAUUGAACUGACAGAAUUUUUUAUUUUAAUUUUAGCAACAAUUGUACAUUUAUUUGCAUUACCACCUUGGUUUGUUGUUUUUGUUGUUGCUUUUUUUUUUUUUUUUUUAAAUGACAUUUCAGGGAAGGUUUAUAAAAUCCAUGGUAACCAGCUCAAGGGCUGUUUGGUGGGGAUGAGCAAAAUAGUGAAGUGUGAAUAUAUGUGUGUGGGAAGGCAGAGCAAGCCUCUUAUGAGGCCCAACGCUGAAUUCAUUACAUGUGUUCAUUUUAGAUCAGGGAGAUGUUUGUGGGUUUGUCAUACCACAGUGUUACAGAAGCAUCCUACAGAUAGUUUGGUUCCUUUAGGGCUUGCAUUUCCUACUGCCUUGCUGGAUGCUGAUGUAUUAUAGUACCUGACAGGGAAGGAAGAACUGUGUUUUUUCAUUGCUUUGCUUCUUAGCCUGUUUGGAAUCUAUGGUAAAGUUAAGCAGAUGUGUGAGAUCCCAAAAACAUGUAUGGGGCUGGAGAGGUUCUUCGAUCUUAGUCCUACUGCUGCACCACUUGUGUCUGAUGAGCUGCAUCCCAGAGAUUCAGUCUGUUUUUGUGCUAAAGCCAAAUGCUGAAGCCAUCUAGUUCUAAGGGCUCACAAUGGUGCUAUCUUCCUGUGGGGACACACAGCUUCUGUGUCCUUCCAAACCUCAGGAAGUCCAGCCCCAAACCUUCUCUGUGUGGCAUCGUGAGUGUAGUUUGACAAUAUGCAGUAGCAGAUGGCUUCACUCUCUCUGACUGCACCAAUUGUUCUACUGCUGGGAGUCAGCCCUUUCAUUGCAAUGUAGGAGUACUGCUCUCUGGCUACCAGGAGUUUUUCUAGUGCCCUGCUUUCAGAAGGCAGACAAAAGAGGUAGUUACACUGCUGUAAAGCAAACAGCAUCAACCACCUAGCUAAUCUGAGUAGAUUUUAAGCAGAUUUAUUCUCUUUGGUGAAAUAAGCAGUUAGGACUAGGGAAAAUGACAAAAUUCCUACUAUGUCUGAUAUUUACUUAGUGAACCACAAGGUGAUAAGAAACAGGGAGGUACCUAUUUCUAAAAGUAGCUUUUACCUUUACUGCUUAAUGGUAUUUUUCAGGUAACUAUUACUUGUGCACUUCUGAUCUGCACUAUGUUUUACUUUUAUUCUGCACUGAAAUAAAUGUUACUAAAAAGUUUAUGAAAACAAGAAGCGUUUCUAUUCACCCAAAUAAUUCCCCAGGCUGAGUUCAGAUAGGGGUCACCCAAGCAAUUAAAUAUGGUGCAGAAGCCUGUUUAAAAACUGCUUUUUUUUGAAUGUACAGGUUUGAAAUAGCCCCCGUGACAAAGCUCAGUGCUGAGUGCCACGUAAAUAUCUCCGUAGGAUGCCCACUGCUACAGAUAUUGGAUCAGAAUUCGCAUUUCAAACCUACAUUUAAUAUUUGAUGACAUUUUGAUGUAUUUUCAUUAUACUUAAUUGGUCAUAGUCAUUUUAUUAUUAUUAUUUUUAAAUACAGUUAUGUGAACAAGUGCCAACAAUCAAAGGAAGCUAAAGGUAUUCAGCUGCCAAGGACACAAGCUUUUAGCCCCGGUGCUACUGUAAGAUCUCUUUUUUGAACCUAAUGACUAAGGCUAAGCCAGGAACUCACUGGGUCACAACCAUACUCCUAAGACAGCGUGAGACACUAUUUGGGGAAGAAAAAUAAGUAUUUACUUCAGGAAAGGUUAAAAAAUAAAAAAGCCUUUGCAGCCUCAACUAGGUCAAAAACGGGGUCGGUGAUGCACUGAGGCAGACAUGAUGCUCUCCAUGGAACGCAGGCGCUAGGCUCUUCGUGUUGGUCAUGCUGCAACAAGCUUUGCUCAUCUAUCAAAGCAGUGGCUUGAGGUCACUGGUGUGGAAGUCUGGCUCUACCGUAGGUUAGGCAGCUCCAAAUAAUCAAAGGCAGUUUCACAUUAGGAAAAGGGAUUACAGACAUCACUAGAUACAAAAGAAAAACAGCAGAGCUCCAAGCAGUUGGCAAAUGUGAUUGCACUGUAACAAACCCACCCAGAUAGCACAGAAAUCUCAUCAAAGGAACCAUCCAAGAGCAGGUCUUUAAUUUUGUUUUUUAGAAUUCUCUGAAGUGCAGUACUGCCCUCUACGUUCAAAAUAGAACAAUUCAUCAACAGUAUCUCAAACUUAGUGUUUACGUUCCAGUGUUCACUAUAAAUACAUACUCUAAAGGAAUUUACAUACACAAGCAAGGAGAAAAACUGUCAGGCUCACAAUAAAACAGCUUCCUUGCUGCAAGUGCAAAACAAGCUUUAUAAAGAUAUUUUAUUUUUUUAGGUAGUGUCACAAAAAAAGCUCCAGUUUCUAACGG